CUCCUCCUCGGUCACGGUUUGCGGAAAGUUGUUUCCUGUUACAUCUCUCUCGCCCGUCUUACUUGCCGUCCUUGGAUAAAGCUCUCAACAGCGACCACUGCGACCUUGACACCCCACGCAUUACUGUCCCUUGGCAACCAAGAACCUUGUUGACCACCCCCCUUCCGUCUUCGGAAGCUUAUCAAACCUCAACAUCACACACCUUAUUGGCAGACACCCUUCACUUCCUGCCAGUCGUCAUAACGGUCACCACGGCAAACAACAUCGGCUCAGCCCUGCUACUUUUCCACCUUUCUCAAAACACGACAUCGUCCCCUUAGCUGCGCGGACCACCAACCUCGCCCACAAGCGAAUCUAUCACACAUCAAUCACCGUCCAAGCCAAACCAUCAUGUCGCAAACAAUGGAAAAGCUCACCGUCGUCGAGGCUGCCCCAAUGCCGGCUAGCCAUAUCAAACCCACCAGCUUCUUCACCGCGCGUUCCCGAGCCUGCUGCAGAUGCAACGAGGAAGGCUCCUCUCACGACCAGCAGUGCAUCAAGGCCCAAUGCACACAUGGUUACUGCACCGAUUGCCCCCAGCUGGACUCGCGCGGCAGGGAGGUGAUUCCUCACUCGUUCCCUUGCAACUGGGUCUGCAACACGUGCUCCGAGGUCCACAGCGUUCUCUCCAUCCUCGUCAAGAACGUCGAAUGCAAGUGCGAAAAGCCGACACUACAGGCUAUUUACGACCAGUUUGGCCGCAUCUUCCUCUACUUCCGCAACGACCCCGCUGUAGACGACUUGACCGAUCCGGCUAAAGUACAGGAGGCGGCCUGGAGGGUCUGGGAGGCGGGUGCCGAGCCGUGGUUGCCGCAUGUCAUUGCUGCUGAGGAGGCGAUUGCGAGGGCGAGUUCCAAGAAGGGUUGGAGUCAGUUAUCUCAAGCUAGUUUCUCGAGUGAGGAUCCCCUCGACAUGGACAUGUCCGAGACGACGGAGUCGGUCGUUAGCGACUCGUAUUAAGUACGGGAGCAAUCAGCUUCAACUGCUUUCGGCUGGAUCGUCAACUGGUUUCCACAGUGCCACCUUCUUUUGAUAGCGACGUCAUUGCUCGACGU